GCCUUAAAAAUGGCGGCCGUCAGUGCAUGACUGGCCGUGGUCACAAAGGAAUUUUAGUACUCUCUAGCUCGGCGAUUGUUUACAAAAAGCUUGUGAUUGUAUCACUAUCAGGUCUUACACUUAGACUUUGUUUUCGUAAAAAAAGCAAAAUACCCCCGUGUUUUUAUGCUUAAAUUCCAGAAAUUUACCGUAAUCGAUCAUCGUACAUGUCGUAUGACUAUGAGAUGACAGCGCGGAUUAACGUUACGGUUUAACUUAACGCUCACAUUCGAAUGUACCUGCACACGUGGGUCAAACGAAUUUCGGGUCAAACCAGCAAGGCCGGCUGAAUCUGAGCUUUUUAUUUCUCCGUGAUAUAUCUGAGUAUUUUAGUACAUGAUCUGAGUGCUGGUCCACGCGUGAAGAUUUGUGGUGCAAGAUUCUCCCCCAAGUUCUUAUAAUUAUGGCAGAACAUAGUCAAGAAACUGAAGCACAGCAAGUGUCUGUACUUGCACCUCAAGAGCAUUCACUAGCACCUGCUGUUGAACUUGGAGACGAGAUGGAAGUACAACCUGUUGGUACAAGCAGUCCCCCCGGUGUCUCCUCCCCCAUAGCCUGUACUGAACAGAAAGAAGAUGAUGCACAAGAGAGGGUUGAAUUAGAAGAGAACAAAUUAGAGCAGUCUGAACAUGAACUGCCUCUCAGCAGACAAAGUACUCAUUUACAGGAAGAAGCCAGCCCAAGUGUUUCAGAGACAAUACCCUCUGUGAAUCAGUGUCAGGAAGAUUUGCCAGAAGAAGUCUGUAAUUCUCAUCAUGAAGCAGUUGAUGUCUCUAUCUCCCCUAAUCCAGCAGAUAAUAAAAACAUGGGUAUGGAUCAGGAAACAGUCUUUGCUGCAUAUACUAACAGCAUUCAGACAGUGACGGAAUCCAAGACUGAUGAAGGAGUAAAUGAUGCUGAUGCCAUCAAGUCUGACAGCGGAGAGUUUUCAGAAUUGCUUGAACCAGAUGAAUCACAAAGUCUUCAGGAAAUUGUUCCCAUCGAGGUGGGACGAUCCCCAGAAAAUCAUCCAGAAAUUGAGGAUACUGAUAACACAAUUAAAGAUGCUGAUAACACAAUUAAAGAUGCUGAUAACACAAUUAAAGAUACUGAUGACACAAUUAAAGAUGCUGAUGACACAAUUAAAGAUACUGAUAACACAAUGGAAGACUCAUGUUCUCUUCAGGCUUUCAAGGAGCCUGAGGUAGACCCUCUUGGAGGAGAAGACCAAUGCCCACAAAACUAUGUUACUGAAGAGCAAAACCCUUCCAGCCACGAAUUGUCAGUAGGUGAACCACAGCCAGUUUGUGAGAACCUGACAGCAGUGGAAGAGGAUGUAAAAGCUUCCUCUUCGGAAAAUCAAGACCCUGUUGUUCCUACUGCUGUCACUCCUGAAGGUAUCACUGCAGCUUUGAUCAGUGACGAUACCAGCUCCAGCCAAGAUUUCAUCAAAGAUGACACGCUGCAAGCCAAACCAUUGGCCACUUUGGAUGCAACUACUGAUGCCAGUGGGAGAAGCACCCCCAAUAUUGAAGUCUUGAAGGACUUGACAGGGAGAGACAGUCCAAGUAUCAGGCCACUCAAGGAAGAUUCAGGACGGGACAGCCCCAGUCAGAGAUCCAGACGGAGAAUAGGACGAGACAGUGUUGUCACUGAAGCUAAUGAGGCAAAUUUGGGCAUAUUCCCAGCUGAGAAUUUGUUUGAGUAUCAGUGGCCUCAGGAGAAAGGCUCAGAGUGGUACUUUGUCCAGGAACAAGUCAGCGAGUUUCUUCAAGUCAAGUCAUUCAAGCGAAAGUAUCCAGACCUAGAAAGAAGAGUGAUGGACAUAAGUGAGAAGGAUUUUCUUCGAGAGAGAGGGGUUGUCACCGAGGAGCAAGUCACAUUAGGACUGACAGCGCUACGUGCAGAUGAGGUAUAUGACUUGAUGCUGAAAGAUGCACCGGAUAAAUCAGCUGAAUAUGCUCGAGUUCUGCAUGAAAAAGAGAAGCAAAACAUCAGCAACAAACACAAACAAUAUGAAGCACCAUCCGUUGACUCCAACAAAGUUCAAGAGUAUGUCAAGAAGGCAGUCAGGCAGGCCGCUGAGUACAACUCAGCCUUGAUGGCUGAACGCAGGGAAGAACGACAGUACUACUUUGACAUGCAGACCCUGACAGUACAGAUGCCAGCCAGUAGAAUGAAGAGACAUGAUAAAGAGAUAACCAAACUGGGCCCAUACCCUGUGGCCGUCAUACCCGGACAGUAUCAGAACUACUAUCGCAGCUACUCAUCUGAUGAGUUGAAGUAUUUCCCUCUGAAUACCUCUCUGUAUGGUCCCAUGGCACCACGCCGACAGACAGACCUUGCACCACCCCUAAGCAAUGAUGAACCUGACCAGUCUGAUAAUGAAACCGUUCUGUCGACUGAGAAUUUUGACUCGUCUAGUGACGUAAGUGACCGUGACCAACCCACUCCCAUGGACAUGGACAGUCAUGGCAAUGUGGAGCUAGAUGCUGGUGAUGAUAGGACAGCCAACAUCACACUGCCUAAUGAUUCAUCUUGUGUCUAUAAGCCCAAAGACAUUCCUAAUGCUAUCUGUGGCCUGUGUCUCAAGAACAGCUCUGAGAAUAAGAUGGGUGUACCAGAGAAGAUGAUCCAUUGCUCACAGUGUGACAAUAGUGGUCAUCCGUCAUGCUUAGACAUGACUCUGUCUAUGGUGGAAGUGAUACAGACCUAUCCAUGGCAGUGUAUGGAAUGCAAAACAUGCUUCCAUUGUGGAGACCCAACACAUGAGGACAAAAUGAUGUUCUGUGACAUGUGUGACCGAGGCUAUCAUACCUUCUGUGUUGGCUUACAAGACAUCCCUACAGGUUUAUGGGCGUGUGAGAGUUGCCAGAUGAGGGACGUGCCAGCUGCACUUGCCCCUCAUGUUCCCACCCCACCCCUGCCCCCUACCCCACCCCCAGCAGAGCCCAGCCUAGGCGAGGAACCCCCGUCCCCUCAACCAGCUGAGUCUACUCCGUCCAACAAGAAGAAGGGACGUAGAUCAGCUACGCCAGUAUCUGUGACCAAACAGUCCACUCCAGGGGGGAAGAGGUCCAGGACAUCUACACCCACACCCAAGAGAGUCAAGAAGAAGUAGAAAGACAUCAGACAUGUGGCCGAUACACUCACAGACUCAAAGUCUUCAAAGUGAAAGCUUAAUAGUGUUAGCUCUGACAGUUCUUGAGAUCAGUUAGUAAGCAGUACAUUGGGGAUGUUGACGAUUACUUUACCGACAUAAGCCGCAUUCGCAAUGGACUUAAUUUUGUAAAAAGGUUACUGCGAGUGAUUGUUAUUAUUCCAUUGUGGUCAGUCUACUGUGCGUCUGCACUUGGAUUGAUUUCGGCCCACGGAAAGUCAUUCAUUGCAUAAACGUCACCUUGCCAUGCCCUCUCAGAAUCUUUUAGGGCACCCAGCUAUUGACCUUUUAACCUAACACUGGAUGUGGUUGUCGAAAAACAAUACUGCAGAACACAGCAGAAAUACGGUAGAAUCUCACAGGCAGUGUGUAAACCUAUGCUUGUGAAUUACAAAGGUUAAUACAGGUGACCCACACGGCAGUCACGUGAUCAUAAAGUUUGCAAGGAACUUUUCAAUGAUGUACAACUAACAAUGUAAUUUUUUCGUAACCGGGUUGGCCCUGUAAAACUUACCGCUGCGGACCGUUAGACCUACAAUCAACAGUCGACACUUGACAUUUAAGGAAGUUUACCAGCGGUCUGCACUGGACUUCAUUUGGUUAAGGCGACAACAGUCUCUGUUAGUUUUACCAAACAAGUCCCAUGUGAACAUUCAAGUAAAAAAAGAAUUCAUCUUUUGAAACCUAGUUUAAAAAAGUAAGCUUUCUGUAAUCUAUAGUUCUGCUAUAUAGCUUUGGUAGAAUGUCUUCUGGGUAUUUUAGGGGUAUUAUAGUUCAUCGACGUGAACAUGUUUCAGUGUUUUAUGUUGUAGGUUAACUGAGGAUGACUCAACUCCAAACAGGGCAUUGUGAUUUUUUUUAAAGUUCCAUUUUCUUUUUUCCUGGGAUGUGUAUAUCAAGAUACUACUCAGCACUGAGCGAAGUAGUUGGGUGUAGCUAGUUUUGGUGGGGGUUGUGUAGUGUGAAAUUUGGACUGAACGUAGUACGACCUCCUUGGUUGCAUUGGGCAUGCCCAAGUGGAAGUAAUGACAGUGACAGUCAUGUGUCAGGGUUAGAAUCCUGACAAGGUAAACAAGACCAGAUGUUGACAAUGGGACUGCAUUUUUUCUAUUCAAGAUUACUGUAAUACCAAGUUUGGAGGUACACACAUCUAAUAAAAAAAUAUUCUAUAUGCAUGUAUUUUAAGAAUGUUACAGCACUCUCGAAUAGACCACUUACUAAUGUUCCUCUGUAAUAUGCAUGAGUAGACCUGUUGUGCUUUCAUUGUCAGUGUAUUGGAAUGACAGAACCUGUCCUUUUGGGGGGUGCAAUAUGCAAGGGGAUUGCAACCAUGGAUAGAAGUCAGAGACUGGCAAAAGCAUACAGGCAACUUUCUGUAUUGAUGACAUCAAUGUGUGGGAUCGUUGGCCGUUAUCAGAGUGCUUUUCAAAUUAAUGCCAUUUUAGCAUCUUGGAGGCCAUUGCACUUCUCAUACUAUACAGUCUGGUUUCCUGUCUAAAUACGAGUUCCAGCUAGACAUAGGACGUACUUCCACGGUAUUGCAGGGUUUUAUUUUGAACUCUCUUCCAUGAAGGAUCACGCAUGACAAGUUUAUACACAAGGAAAUUUGUUAUAUGUUGUAGAUCUUCUUGAAUGUACAUGUAUUGUUGAUGAGAGGGAAAUAAACUAAACCAGAAACUGAAA